GCUGUAGGUGUUGCAGCUGGGUCGCGACAGGUGCGCGAGGCAGAGUGCCCGGGACCCGUAACCCCGCUGGUAGCAGCACAGAGGAAAGGCCGCCUUUAGCCAGGUAUCUCAGUAUCUGUAGACAAGAUGGAAUCAACACCAUUUAAUCGACGGCAGUGGACUUCAGUAUCAUUGAGGGUAACGGCCAAAGAACUUUCUCUUGUCAACAAGAACAAGUCAUCAGCUAUUGUAGAAAUAUUCUCCAAGUACCAGAAAGCAGCUGAAGAAGCAAACAUGGAAAAGAGGAGAAGUAACACUGAGAAUCUCCCCCAGCACUUUAGAAGGGGGCUCCUGACUGUGUUAAAGAAGAAGUGGGAGAACCCAGCCCUGAGAACAGAGUCUCACACAGACUCCCUGCGAAACGGCAGCGCUGAGGUCAGACACGGAGGCAACUGUCCUCCCGGUGAAGUGGCAACAGGGUCUGCCUCUGGGGCCGAAGCUGAUCAAGAAGAGCAAGUCCACCCCAGACCUAGACUCGGAUCGCCUUCUGAAGCCCUUGAUCGGUAUCCGUAUCCCUGCACCCAGGGCAGUGCGCAUCUUACAGACCACUCGAAAGAAAGUAAAAAAAUGGAAAAUUGUCUAGGAGAAUCCAGGCAUGAAGUAGGAAAACCUGAAAUCAGUGAAAGCACAGAAGCCGCAAACAAAAUAGAGAAAUACAAUGUUCCGCUGAACAGGCUUAAGAUGAUGUUUGAGAAAGGUGAACCAACUCAAACCAAGCAGAUUCUUCGGACCCAGAGCCGUAGUGCAGGUGGAAGGAGGAUCUCUGAAAACAGCUAUUCUCUGGAUGAUUUGGAAAUAGGCCCCGGUCAGCUGUCCUCUUCCGCAUUCAACUCAGAGAAAAGCGAGAGCAGGCGAAAUCUGGACUUACCACGCCUGUCAGAAACCUCCAUAAAGGAUCGAAUGGCCAAGUACCAGGCAGCUGUGUCCAAACAAAGUAGUUCCACCAACUACACAAAUGACUUGAGAGCCAAUGGUGGUGAAAUAAAAACUCAUAAAUUGGAGCAAAAGGAGAAUGUACCCCCAGAUCCCGAGGUCUGCAUCUCCCAUCAGGUUGGGGAAAAGGUUUCUGCAACUGAGAAUAGCCUGGCAAUCCGCCCCACCCCUUCUGAAGAUGACUCCCGUAACUUCCUGGUUAAGAGUGAGGUCCAGCAGCCUGCCCCUCCCAAGCCACUAAGUCCAGAUGCCAGAGCCUCCAGCCUCUCUGAAAGUUCUCCUCCCAAAGCAGUGAAGAAGUUUCAAGCACCUGCAAGAGAGACUUGCGUGGAAUGUCAGAAGACAGUCUACCCAAUGGAGCGGCUCUUAGCCAACCAGCAGGUGUUUCACAUCAGUUGCUUCCGGUGCUCCUAUUGCAACAACAAACUUAGUCUAGGAACAUAUGCAUCUUUACACGGGAGAAUCUACUGCAAGCCUCACUUCAAUCAGCUCUUUAAAGCUAAAGGCAACUAUGACGAAGGCUUUGGACACAGACCACACAAGGAUCUGUGGGCAAGCAAAAAUGAAAAUGAAGGGUCAUUAGAGAGACCGGCCCACCUUCCAGUUGCAGGGGAGACCCCUCAGAGCCCAGGGGUCGAAGAUGCCCCCAUUGCUAAGGUGGGUGUGCUUACAGCAAGUAUGGAAGCCAAGGCGUCCUCUCAGCCAGAGAAAGAAGACAAGCCAGCUGAAACCAAGAAACUGAAGAUCGCCUGGCCACCCCCUACUGAACUUGGUAGUUCAGGAAGUACCUUAGAGGAAGGGAUCAAAGUAUCCAAGCCCAAAUGGCCUCCCGAGGAUGAAAUCAGCAAGCCUGAAGCUCCUGAGGAUGUAGAUCUGGAUCUGAAGAAGCUAAGACGAUCUUCUUCGCUGAAAGAAAGAAGCCGCCCGUUCACUGUGGCGGCUUCAUUUCGAACCACUUCAGUCAAGAGCCCCAAAAUCUUGCCCCCACCUAUCAGGAAAGGGUGGAGCACGUCAGAGCAGAGUGAGGAGUUUAUAGGAGGAAUGACAACAGAAAGGAAACCACCGGAAAAUGCUAGUGCCUCUGAAAAGAAUGGUAGUGUGGGAAAAACAAUCUGGCCAAACAAAGAGUCUAAAGGAGGGGAGGCAGGGAGGAGAAGCAAGGAAGAUCAUGGAUUCGGGAUGGGGAGUGAGAGUCUUACAGAAAACGGUGCAAGCUUAGAUGAAAAUGAUGGAAACCUCAAAGAGCGGUCUCCACUAGAACCCAAGUCUACAAAUUGGUCUGGUUUUGCAGACAGCACCUCCCCUAAAGAAUUCAGUACCCAGGAUCAGAAAUCCCAGGAUGUGGGAUUCUGGGAGGGAGAAGUAGUCAACGAGCUGUCUGUGGAGGAACAGAUAAAGAGAAAUAGGUACUAUGAUGAGGACGAGGAUGAUGAGGAAUGACAAACUGCAAUGGUGCUGGGCCUUCAGUCUGUGUUAGUGUUAGUAAGCCACUGCCCUUUCUCGAAGUGAUGCACGCAAACAGGUGUCUUAGCAUGAACUGUCAUGUAUGUGGAAGUAGCUCUAGAGGAGUUCUUGCUUCAAAAAAAAUCCCAUACUGCAGCUUAAGUGAACCAAUUCUAAAUGCUAUAGAUAAUAUUACUUAAGUCCUCUAUUUUAGCAAUGAUGAUAUACAUAAGUGCUUUAAGGUCUUAUGGUGGGGAAGGGUAUGCCAACUGAUAGAGUCCAGACUCCACCGUCUUCCCAAAAGGCAAUACAAAGAUAGAUGAUUAGUAGCACAUUGUUACAUUUCAACUAUGGAAUUAGGGAACAUACAGAAGGGGUUUAGGGACCUAAACAUUAUGACUGAAUGCACUUUAGUAUAAAGGGCACAGUUUGUGUAUUUUUAAAUGGAUACCAAUUUAUUUAGCAUUUAUCUGUUAAGAAAUCAAAUAUUUAAUCUUUAAAACAUUUUUAGGUUAAUUUUUCUCACUCUGAUAUACAUGGGGAAUUUAUUGCUUUGCAUCCCAUUCUCUCAGCCACAUCCUGAACUGGAUUAUUGAGAAAUAACACAACUGUUCUUUGGGGGCACUUUUUGAGCACAUUCGGUGCUCAAGAGAUCCACGAUCUCUCAAAUAAGCUCUGGUAUUUGCCAAUGAGUCUGACUACACCCCAAAUGAUUUCUUUCUUCUUUGGUGGUAUCUGUGCAACUCAUAAUUUACUGAAAGCUACAAUGUUUUUUUAUAAGAUCUUUUGUAUUGCUGUUUGCCAUGUUGCAUGUUAAAGCAAAAUGAGGAGUUUAAAGAAGGAAUAACAGAAAAAAAACUGCCUUAACCCACUUGAGCGCAGACCCCCAGACCUUAUAUUCCACUUCCGAUGUCCCCUUUCUGGGACACUAGUAUCUUUUUUAAUACUUACCAGCUCUGAAAUGUAUUGAUUUUCAUGGCAGACAGUAUUCUCGGGGUGCAAUUAAACCAAUUAUAGGCCUUGGGGAGGGGGGUGAUGGUUUUCUAAUAGUUAAAGCUUUGGAACAUAAACUUGAGUACACUUGUUGUACAUAAUCGAUAUUUCAAAUUGUAUUCGGGGGAGAGAGAUGUUUUAAGCCAUAGGCUUUUCUUUGUACUGCAUUUUUAGAGAUUUAGCUCUAGUAUUUUUUAGAGAUGUAAAAUAUUCUGCUUUCUUAUAGUCUUGCUUAGUCUGAAACAUUUUUAUUCAAUAAAGCUUUUAAUUUACAUCUGA